UCCCUGCAUGCACGCGCAGAUAUUGUGUUGCGUAUCCAGGUAACGGUUUUUUGUUGGUAUUUAAUGAGUUAACGAGAAGUUUAAUCCUCGCGAUGACGUCACCUCCAACCAAUUGCUCAUCAGUGCGACCCCAAACGAGUCAGUGUGAGGAAAUAACAAAAAAAUCUAUCUGCAAUGCAUCUGAGUGGAAAAGUGAACAGAAAAGUGAAAUGAGGAGGAACAGAGAGUGUGUUUUUAGACCGCCUGUCCGAAGUCACCCUUCCUCCUGUGACCUCAUGUUCAGUCCGCAACCCGAUGGCACAUCGAAGCUCCGUCUCGCUCAUCAGCAGUCUUCCGGGCCUGCCUGACUCUGUACCUCUGCUCAUCCAAGGCAAGGCGUAGUGAGGAACCUGGGAUCAGAGAACUGCGUCUCUGUGUGACUGACCUGCGUCUCUGAGAUCUGCGCUGGACCUCUACCACUUUCUCACAUCACAUCACACAGCAGCGUCCGAGCGAUGAGCUCUCCGUGAAAACCGCAUUUUGUUACAUCUCUCACCCGGAGGCAGUAUGAAUGAGGACUCAGGAUGCGGGAUGAAGAGCGGACAGUAGCUCGGGGCUCGCGCCAUGGAAGGAGACGUCGCAGUCGCGGUCCACACAGAGAGCUCGAAUGGUUUUGCACAGGAAUGGAAGCAGACGGAAGAUCUGACCAGUGGACACUCCACACACACACUGAUGUGUAACGGCAUCAAGGAGAACGGCGGCAUCAACGGCAGCUCGUAUCUCAAAUCUGUCCCGAUUUCAGUGCUAAAGCAGAAUGGCCUCCUACAGUCACUGGCUACAGGUGGAGAUCAAACAGAAGCGGAUGAGGUGGACUCGGAGCUGGAGCGUGCGCAGCAGGAAUGGGACGCCCUCGAGAGCAUCCAACCAGUUCCUGUAGAAGAUCUCACUCCAUCGGCUCUGAUUUCUUUCAACGAGGCACUGCAACACUUUCAGACCACAGACCUCACCGAGCUGCUGAGGAACAUACAGCCGACCGUUCGCCGGACGGGACUGGCCGUCGUCACACACUUCCUGUUUGGGCCACCACGCCUACACAAAGAGCUGAUGGAGGAGAGAGACCUGGUGUUCGCCAUCGCUCAGUGCUCUCUGGAUAACACACAGCCGGUGCACAUGCGUGUGCUGCAGACAAUCUACCGCAAACUGACCUGUACAAAGGCGGAUUGCCCUCGAUACGGGCCACACUGGGAGAACAUCGGCUUCCAGGGUACAGAUCCGGCUACAGAUCUGAGAGGAACCGGAUUUCUUGGUCUGAUGCACACACUUUAUCUGGUCAUGGAUCCAGAGACGCUUCCACUCGCUAGAGACAUCUACAAACUCUCUCAGCAUCCAGUACAGAAUUUUCCAUUCAGCGUGAUGUCCAUCAACAUGACCCGCAUCGUCCUGCACGCGCUCAGGGAGGAGGUUCUGACCAAGGAGUGUAACCGGCGGCAGCAGGUGGUCGGGGUGCUGAAUGAGUUCUACGUGGCGACGUUUCUGCACCUUUAUGAGGUGUGGACGGGUCAGAGGAAGACCAUCUCCGACUCGGGAUACGUCCUCAAAGAUGUUGAGCUCUACGCUAAAAAGAACCCAAAGCAGCUCCUCAAACACCUGCACUGUUACCUGCAGGACAGACGCAGCAGGACUGGUCACCGCACCUCACCUGACCCGCUGUCACAUGGCAACCGUUCCCUUGGCGACGGGGUAUCUCUCACACACAGCCACAGAGGGAAGGAGGGAAAGAUGAACUUCACCGGAGUGUGUGAACUUCCCCCUGAGAUGGAGGGAGAGGCCAGGCUCAUCUGAGUGAGAGAUAAAGAGACUGUGAGAGAGAGAGAGAGAGAGAGAGAGAGAGAGAGAUGGGGUAAGGGAAAGAAAGCGAGACAGUGAGAGUGAAAGACAAGGAGGCUAAACUGCUUCAGUAAACUCAGGAGAGAAGAGAGACAGACAGACAUGAUAGGUGGAGAGAGUGAGAGACUGAAACAGAUGGUGAAAGAGUGAGAGAGAUAGAGCAAUUCAUAUAUGGAUGUAGACAGAGAGAGAGAGAGAGAGAGAGAGAGAGAGAGAGAGAGAGAGAGAGACCAGAACAGAAAAUUAGAGUGAGAGAGACGGCAGCAAAAGACAGAUUAAGAAAGACACUGAAAGGAGAGAGAGAGAGAGAGAGAGAGAGAGAGAGAGAGAAAGAUAGAACGAGUGAGACAGACAGAGAGAGACAGUUCCUGCACUCGAUCAUAUCUAAAAGCAGCGUGUAAUUAAACUAAACUCAGAGACAGAAUGUGAGCGACUGAAGUGCUGCACCAGACUGUAUAGAAUGUACAAUUUGCACAAUCCUUAUCUUUUUCACAAAAUAUUUUCCCUCACACACACACACACACACACACACACACGCAUACACACACCCAUACACACACACACACAUACACUCAGUGGCUGUAGUGUUAUUAAGUGUGUAUGAUCACGUGUGAUUAGAGACACAGCCCCAGCUCCUGAGUCGUCUGUACGUAGGCCGACUGAAAGACAUGUGGCGUAACAGAUAAACAGGAAGCCGUGUCACAGGCCACGCCCACACGGCUGAACACGCCAGAACACCAGGCUCGCAGACAGGAAGUGCUGAAGUCUCUGAUGAUGAUCUCCACACACACACGAGCUGCAGGCGUUUCACUCGCGCCGUUCGUUCCGUAGCCGAAACUUUCCGUAGCUCCGCCCCCUGUGCGUGUUGUUAGCAUGGCAGGUAGCAUUAGCGAUGUAGCAUCUGAAAUGUUGAUUUUUCUCAGUGUUCUGUUUUAAAACCACGUUAAACAGCUUCCUCUCGGACGCUCCUGCACCCCGCUCCUGUUCCCACGCAUCACUUAUCCGAUUUAUUGUGAUAUUUAACGCACAACACGUGGAUAUGGUGGACGUGUAGAGGAAUAACGUGACGUUCCGUAUCAUUUACAACACUAUUUUUGCACCUUCACUCUUAAAUCUUCAUUUCUUUCCCCUCUCAGGGUUUACCAUGUGAUCAUGAUGCUGAAUAUUGCAGUGUAUCAUAUAACUGUCUGACUAAUGCCACUUAAAGCAUGACCGUGUGCGUGUGUGUGUGUGCGUGUGUGUGUGUGCGUGUGUGUGUGUGUCUGUGUGUGUGUGUCUGUGUGUGUGUGUGUGUGCGUGUGUGUGUGUGCGUGCUUUAUAGACAAAGAGAGAUGAAGUGUAAAUGAUUGACAGCUCAGUGAUUUGUCAGAUCUGCCGUAACACUUUAUUUGAAUUCGCUCUUCAUAACGACUUUAUAACACGUUUAUAAACGGUGAAUAACCUUCCAGAAGCCUUUCCGAGCGUUCAGAGAUCCACCAGCGCUAAAUCACCGCGGGAUGGUCUUUAAUUCUGUGUUAAUAAACACUAAGAUGAAGUUUUAUUUAAAAGAUGAUGUUGAUGUUUAAUAAACAGUUUAUUAAGUAAAUGAGAAUCUGGACUGGAUCUCGUGCAGGAUCAGGAACCAGAUCUUUAUUUCCUCUGCUGCUGAGCAUGAACACCACCAGGGUCUAAUCCGUGUUGUUUUUCUUGUUUGUUUAUUUAUUUAUUUAUGUAUUUUGGGGGGAGGGACAUGAUAAGAUUUUCUCUCUACGCCUCAAUCCGAUCAAACCCUGCCUGAGUUCCAUCUCGUCUGAUAAAUUAUCAUUAUUUUUCACUAAACUCUACAUUUUCUUAACAUACGUUCUUUAUAAAGAAGAAGCAGCUUCCUCAUGUUAUUAACAGAUUUCUUGAAUGCUACAGAAGGACGACGUAGCUGAUGUUAUUAACGAGUCAUUACAGUUUAUGAAGCUUAGUUCAUUUUAUGAACUGGAAGUGAAAUCAGAUUGUAAUGAAACAGAUUUUGGUUACAAUUCAAUCACAGUCAAGUCAAAAUGCUUAAACAUAAAAUUUUACAGCUUUGAAAGACAUACAGGCUUCAUAAGCAUGCUUAUAAGCACUUUAUAACACAUAAACAGCAAAUAAACAGUAUGGCAGGAAGAUCUGAGAGUCCCGAGUUGCUGCACUGUUAUUCAGAGCUUCUGCAUGUGUUAUAAAGGGGUAAUAUAGCUUUUGAUAUGAGUGCUUUAUAAGCAUUCUUAUGAGAGGUUUAUAAGCACCAUUUCCAUAUGAGGGGUUUAUAAGCACUGCUAUUAUGAGAGCUAACAGGUUAUGACAGGUUUUUAAGCAGUGUUUAUGACAGGUUUAUAAGCACCGUGUUUAUGAGAGGUUUAUAAGCACUGGGUUUAUAUGAGCAGUUUAUGAGCACCGUGUUUAUAAGAGGUUUAUAAGCACUGUGAUUAUGAGAGAUUUAUAAGCACCGUGUUGCUGGUGAUGUCUGCCGCCCUGCAGCUCAGUGCUUGUGAAUGUGUUAUAAAGUGUUUCUGCAGCUCGGUGUGAGGGCAGUGUUACUGUGAUCAUUUAUUCUGAAACUGACGCUGAAGAUCAAAGACUUUUAAUAACAAGAAAAAACAUAAUGAAAAAAUCCAAUCAGCUUUUAUUCAGUUUCAUUUUCUUUUAAAAACUCUCUCUCUCUCUCUCUCUCUCUCUCUCUCUCUCUCUCUUUCUCUGUGUCUCUUUGGCUCUCUCUCUCGCUCUCUUUGUAUCUCUCUCUCCCUCUUUUGUAUCUCUCUCUCUCUCUUUCUCUCUCUCUCUUUCUGGUGUCUCUGCAGUCAGCAGUUUGUUGUAUAUCAGCUUUUUUUCUCUCUCUAAAUCCCUGGCACUGACCACGUCACACCACUGACCUUCAACACCCCGAGUCCAGGACUGAAAGUCUACAACAUUCCUCAUUCAUUUCUGCAUCCAUUCCACACACACGCACACACACACACACACACACACGCACACACACAUUAGACAGACGGUUUAUUUGAAUGUGUGUGAUUGUAGAAGCUCUAUUUUAUACAGAGAGUCAGUGUGAUGAUCUGCGACUGUACAGUGACGUGUUGCACAGAAUAAUAAACACUCGCAAAAUCAAAACAAA